UCUCAGGUCUGACUCAUCUCACAUUACUGCUGUAUCUGCUGAAAGUCACUGCAGAUACCUUCUUGAAAAUAUUUGCAGUGCUCUACGCUACUAAUAGAUUACCUGGAAAGAUAUGGAGAACAGCUGUGAAAUCAAGAAAGAUGUUACUGAACUGAUAGGCAAUACCCCAAUGGUAUAUCUCAACAAGGUUGUGGAUGGUUGCGUGGCUCGUAUUGCUGCUAAGCUUGAAAUGGUGGGACCUACCUCUAGUGUUAAAGACAGAAUUGCAUAUAGUAUGAUCAAAGAUGCAGAAGAUAAGGGCUUGAUUACACCAGGAAAGACCAUACUCAUUGAACCUACCAGUGGCAACACCGGCAUUGGAUUGGCGGCCAUUGCUGCAAUGAAGGGUUACAAACUUAUACUGACCAUGCCUGCUUCAAUGAGUCUUGAGAGAAGAAUUGUGUUACGGGCUCUUGGAGCUGAAGUUUGCCUUACUGAUCCAGCCAAGGCCUUUGAGGGGGGACUUAAGAAAGCUGAGGAGAUACUAAGAAACACACCUAAUGGGUAUAUGCUUCAGCAAUUUGAAAAUCCUGCCAAUCCAAAGAUACAUUAUGAAACUACUGGCCCAGAAAUAUGGAAAGACUCGGGAGGGGAAAUCGACAUCCUGGUUGCAGGAAUUGGGACUGGAGGAACCGUGACUGGAGCUGGGAGAUUCCUCAAGGAGAAAAAGGCAGCUAUUAAGGUGUAUGGCAUAGAGCCUGUUGAAAGUGCUGUAUUGAGUGGAGGAAAACAUGGCCCACAUCUAAUCCAAGGAAUUGGUGCUGGGAUCAUUCCUAGUGUUUUGGAUGUUGACAUGCUAGAUGAGGUUUUUCAGGUAUCAAGUGAGGAAGCUAUUGAAACUACCAAGCUGCUUGCCUUGAAAGAAGGUUUGCUGGUUGGGAUAUCAUCUGGGGCAGCUGCUGCUGCUGCAAUAAAGGUAGCUAAGAGGCCAGAAAAUGCUGGGAAACUCGUUGUUGUUAUAUUCCCUAGUUUUGGAGAACGUUAUUUGUCUUCCAAGCUUUUUGAUUCCAUUAGGCAAGAGGUAGAAAACAUGACCUCUAAUUGAACUGAAACUGUAACUUCAACAUUUCUUGUAUUUUAGUGUGUCGGGCCUGGAAAUAGAGCUAGUAAUAGUUUGCAUGAUCAAUUAAUAGCUGAUGACACCUGAGAGCUGGUAUAGUCAUCAGGCAUGCAGCAGGGGUGGCAAUGGUUUCAGCUCACAAAAGGGGCUCAUCCUUCCUCCAUGUAAUCUAGGCAUAAGCUGCAUGCAGCUAUACUGUAUCUGACUGACUUUCAGCUUGCCCUAGCUCUUGACUUGCAUAUAAAAGUGCAGAAUCUUAUUGCUUAUUAAA